AUUUAAUUUUCAGUAAACAUUCAAUUGUAUAGACAAUUGGUGAGCUGCGACAAUUGCGUUGGGUUUGGAAGGAAAUUAGGCUUUUUUUAUACGUGAAGUAAAUGUUAUUGCCGUUUAAUCCUCAACCACGAAAUGUUUUUCAAACAUUUAAACAAGACUCUGUUUGAAAAAGGCCGAUUUAUGAUCAGUUAGCUAGUAAACAGCUAGUUAGCAACACUAAGAGCUGUGGGGAUUGACACUCUCAGCGAAAUUUAAAUACAAUUCCUAAGGGGUUAAAACUCCUGUAAAAUCGAGAACACCUUCUCAAUUUACUGGCGACGAUUGUCUAAACGUAUGAAGCGAGAAUAAUUCAAGAAUUGUUUUUGUUUUCAAGCGGCUCUGACCGCGUCAAUGAGCUCCAGUCCAGUAGGUGGUGCUCACACACUUGCUUGUGAAACUGUCAUUCGAAUCGUUUCAAAACAGAAGAACGAAGAAAGGGAAGGAAAAUAUGGCUUAUCUUCGAAUAUUGAUCUAAAAUAUGAGUUCGUUGGGUUUUUAUUUGAGAAAAUACGAUAUACUGCGGACCUAAAAUGCUGAACGGCACCUCUGCUCGGGUGAAAAUGGAGGAGAGCACUCCGUCUUGUGGGGGAUUUAAACCCGCAGCUGAGCUCGGCUUGUCUCCCACCGCCAGGUUUCUGCAGGUCGAGCUGGAGUUGAACCUCCUCCUUCGCCAGCUGAAGUUCAGUGACCCAGUACAGUAUAUUUACUCGCCGCUGGAGUACGCCUGGGACACACACCGGUGCUUCGUGGAGAAGUACUGUCGCGCCGGACAGAGCGUGCUAUUCCUGGGCAUGAAUCCGGGACCCUUCGGCAUGGCUCAAACCGGGGUCCCCUUCGGUGAGGUGAAGUCAGUGGUGGACUGGCUGCAGGUGACAGGGGAGGUCAGUCGACCUGCUGUGGAGCAUCCAAAGAGAAGGAUCACUGGACUGGCCUGCACUCAGAGUGAAGUGAGCGGCGCACGCUUCUGGGGAUUCUUCAGGAAGCUGUGCGGUGAGCCUGAGCUGUUCUUCCGCCACUGCUUCGUCCACAACCUCUGCCCUCUUAUCUUCAUGAGUGCCAGUGGGAAGAACCUGACCCCCCCGGAGCUGCCUGCAGGUGAGCGGGAGAAGCUGCUGGGACUGUGUGACGCUGCUCUGUGUCAGGCCGUGCAGGCUCUGGGGGUUUCCAUGGUGAUCGGGGUUGGACGGGUUGCAGAGCAGCGGGCACGCCGUGCGCUCUCUGCUGCAGGUGUGGAUGUGCGAGUUGAAGGUGUCAUGCAUCCCUCACCCCGAAACCCACUGGCCAAUAAAGGCUGGGAGGCUGUCGCUAGAGCCAAGCUGACAGAGCUUGGUGUGUUGACACUGCUGAGCGACACGUGAGGG